AUGGAAAAGUUGGCAAACCUGGCGUGGCUUCAGACAAGAGGGCUAGGUAAAGCGUUAGAGCUUCCUAAGCUACACACCCUCACUGGGUUACAACAUCUUGAGAUCGACAUUGCAGUCAGCAAGGCAGUCAAUCAGCUGGGAGAUCUUACCCGUUGUUUAGGUCUCAGAGAGAUUAAUGUUGGCUGUCCAUCCCUGUUGGAGUUCCCAAGGUUAAAUGGAUUGCAGAAUUUGGAGAGAGUAAAAUUUAGUAUGUGUGAUAAAGUGAGAGAGCCCUUGGACUGCACAGAAUGCGUCGAGCUUCAAAGUAUUAUCCUCGUCAGUUGCUGCCGCAUGACAGCCACACCGGUCCUCACUGGAUGUAAGAGACUAUCCAAAAUUGUUUUGUCCGAAUGCGGUGCAGUGGAGGAAUGUCGAGAUAUGGAUUUGCCAAGAUCUUUAAAGACACUAGAGUUGCAAAUUUUAUCAGCAACUGCUUCGGUGCCCAAAAGUUUGGAGUCUUGUGACGGUCUUGAAAAUCUUCAAUUAUGGGAGAUGGGGGAACUUGAAGAGCUUCCGAGUUUCAGAAGUCUAUCAAAUUUGACUGUACUCAAAAUUGGCAAAUGUGGUAUAAGGGAGCCACCGGAUCUUACACAUUGUGUCAUGUUGGAGGAUCUUUACUUUUCCUCACUCACAAAUGUAAUAAAGUUUCCAAACUUAUCAUUACUGAGAAAGUUGAAGAAAUUAAUUUUAUGUAAUUGCCCUAGGGUUCAAGAUCCUCCAGAUAUUAGUGGUUGCCAUGAAUUGCAGUUAUUUUAUCUGCAGCACAACGAUAAUAUGAAGGGACUUCCAAACAUGGAUAAGUUCGCAAGUUUGGAGGAAAUCAAAGUCAGUUGGCAUUGUGAAGACGAGGUCACGUAUGAGGGAUUUAAUCCCGACGGUUGUGAAGCCGAUGACGAUCUUGAAACUUGUCUCGAUUGCUUCAAAGACGUGAUCCUGGAAAACUUAAAUGAUGUAUCUGUCCCAGAAGAAUUGGAGAAGUGGAUGCGGGGUAAGACAAUGCUGGCGAAGAAGUAUUUCCGUGGAUUGAAGCUCUACUACUCUGUCACAGCCCCCUAUGAAUCGUAUAAAAGCUUGAAGCAGCUUUACCGCCAAAGUCCUAUUACGCUCAGAUUGGUAGAGAGCAGAGUGUUGGUUUUCUCGACACUGGAGACAGAUAAUGAAGAUAAUCGUUGGUUAACUAGAGUGCGAGAGUAUUUUGCUGGACAGGAGAUUGCUCUUGCAAGUGCCGCCUCGGGUAAGGUUUCAGAACAAGCUUUAAAUGGUUUACAUAAUGAAAAAUGA